AUGGACACUCCAAUUAGGACCCAUGCUUCCAAUCUGGAUCACUCGUUGAUGGGCUCUCGCAAGCCUAGUUCUUUCCCCACAAAUCUCGCACAAUCCGGUUGCUUUGGAUCAUUCCCGUCCAAGGUGAUUACUUCCCCACUCACUGAACAAGCUAUCGAGAAUCAGGUAAACGGAAUGGGGCGUUCAGGAAAAAAAAGGCGCUCUCUUAGUAGAUCGUCGACAAACGAACUAUCGAAGUUCCCAGUUCACAACUUGUUUGGCGUUGGUGACGGGCAUUCCUCAGAGGUUGGAUCUCCUCGGUUGAACUCAUCGUCUCCCAAACUCACUGAAGCUAACAAAGUUCCGAGGAUCAGUGAAAUUGAGGUCACAGUUGAAGUUGGAGCUAUGAUUGGGUUUGAAAUCGAUGCUUCCAACAAGCUGUUGGUAGAAAUUCUUGGAGUAAAUGGAGAGUAA